GAAUUCUAUCACAUGCAACUGAAAAUCUAUGGUCUUUUGCUGGACCAGAUGGACCUUUUAGUGGAUACCGGGUUUGAUGAGAGACGUGAGGAUAUUCAGGAAAAGAUGAAAGUAUUGACGCUGCUUGGACGACGAGCAAAACAUGAGGAACGACGUAAUGUGGUAAUAGUGUUCGAAAACGGCACAGAAUUAGUAGACGAGAUAGAAGAAUACGACCACGAAGACGACAUGCCACCGCCGUACACAGCUUCGCCUACUAAUUAUAUCAAGAGGAAUAAAUAA